CGACCCAAAAUUACCAUAUUGCUGUUGUGGAUAACUUCUCUGGCUUCAUCACUGCAAAAAAACAUUCAAAUCUGACUGAAGGAUGUAUAGUGUUUCUGCAGAAAAAUGAAACUCAACGACAGUCCAACCAAACCUGGAGGGAGCCGUGGCCUCUACUGCUCGGCGAUUUUCUGUGCAUCUCAAAUUGGCAUAUCAAGAAGAAUUUGGUUCUGUAUGUCCUGAAAGGGAGGUGCAACGGAAGUUUAUCAGACAUCAAAGAUUUCUGUCCAAUGUAUGUCUGCAAUAAGACUCUCAGAGAAUCUUGCCAGAUGAGACGUUUGGAUACAGGAAAUGUAUGCAAACAAGCUAAAUUUGAUGAAAACGACUGCAAGAAUAUAGCUAAUGCUUCAGAUAAAACUCCUUUCCUUUCAGAUCCCCGGGUCAAAUACCGGUACUUCAUCAACAUAACAGCGACAAACACCAACUGUCUCAACUGUGACAAUCCAGUGAAAAAGCCCGAUACGCAAAUUAAGAUCAAUGUAACAAUUCAAACUGAAGAAGGAGGAAAACUCAAUGCUGCCGAAGCUGCUGGAAUCAUGAACAAAAUGGCCGACCUGGCCAAAUCCAUGAACGAGUCUUCAGCUACAUUGACUGUGACAGAAGGAGUUACGGGUAUCUUAGUGAAAACAGAGGAGGCAGUGCCCGCGGACAUGCGGGAAGUCUCCAUUGCUUACAGCUCUCCAAAUGACAGCAUGAAUAUUAUUGGAGACAAAGAAACUCUGGCUACAUUUUCAAGAUCUGUCAUAGUGUCAAAAGAAGCGCUUGCAAAAUGUAGUUUGAAUAAUAGCACAGUAUUUUCAGCUGUUCUCCGAUUCCUCAAUCUGGCUUCGGAUGAGAAGAACAGCACUGUUUUAGGUAAUGAGGUUUUAGCAGUUGAAAUGGGAACCACUAUCACCAAUCUCACAGACAAAAUGAAGAUCAAUUUUUUGAACAUGAAAUACAAAGGAAUUCCAUCUUGUCAAUCAUGGAAUGGUGAAGGGAAUAGACCAAACUGGACUGAUGACGGAUGUCAGACAAUACUUGAUGGACAAAACAUUAUGUGCGAGUGUUCGCAUUUGACAUUUUUUGCUGUCUUGAUGACUCCUCUUAAUGAAACCAUAUCUAGUUCUGACCUGAACAACCUCACCAUCAUCACACAAGUUGGCUGUGGCUUGUCCAUGUUCUUCCUCUGCAUAGUCCUCUUCAUGCACUUCCUGCUGAGGAAGACCAAGGCCAGCAAUACCACAAGGAUUCUCAUCCACCUGGUUUCAGCCAUGUCUCUGCUCAACUUCACUUUCCUCAUCAACAGCUAUGUGGCAAAUCUGAAGAGCUCUGUGAGUUGUAAGAUCAUGGCGGCUCUCAUGCAUUACUUCAUGUUGGCCACUUUCACUUGGUUUGCUGUGCAAGCCUUCCACCUCUGCUUGCAGCUUUGUGCCGGGGGCCAGAUUGUAAUCCGUCACUACAUACUCAAAGUCUCCAUUGUCAGUUGGGUACUACCAAGUGUAGUUGUAAUUGUACUGCUCAUAUUAGGAAAAUAUGGUGAACAACUCAUUCACACUAAUGACAGUGAACAAACCGUGGCCAUGUGCUGGAUAACAGACAAUUUGGUGCACUACGUUGUUAACAUAGGCUACUAUGUUUUGGUCUUCAUCUUCACCCUCACUUCCUUCAUCGUCAUACUUUCCCGGCUCUUCUUUCUCAAGAAAACAAACACCAACCAAAAGAGCACAAAUGGCAAAAGUAUUGUAAUCAUCCUGGGACUCUGUUGCAUGCUGGGUAUCACUUGGGGGUUUGCCUUCUUCGCCUACGGUGCCCUCCGGAUCCCCUCAUACUACAUUUUCACAGUCCUCAAUUCUUUCCAAGGUUUCUUCCUGUUCAUCUACUACUAUAACACCAGCACAGGAGACAUAACCGGUGGUGCGAGCGAUCAUAAAAACUCAAACAGCACCAACACCAUUAAAACCAGCCUGGACAGCUUUGAGAACCCCUACAUUAAUCUGCCAAAGAAAAAGAUAAAUACCGGGAAGAAGAAUCAGGACUAAAGAGCGAUGAAAAGGUCAGCUUGAAGUAACUUGAGACUACAAGCAAGUACUAAGAAUAAACUGGAAAGUGUACUAAUGCAUGGCUUUGUAAAAUGCACCUUUCCUGACAUAUUUGAUAGUCAUUAGUACGCAUAGAGAAACUGCUUCAAUACUCCAUUUUACUCCUUGUUUAUUUUGUACUUGUGUAUUUAAUCUUAGGAUCAGAAUUGGGCUUGAACAAUUUCAUUCAGUAAGGAUCAUAAAAGGGUGUCAUACAGUUUCUAAGUAAUGACUUUUAGACCUUUUUUGUAAUGCAAAAAUGUAUCGUAAUUCUUUUUGACAAAUUAUUCUUAAUGGCAUGCUUUUGAAUGAUUAAGUGCUUGUUCAGGGCUCUCUGAUCUUCCAGAUAUAUACAAAAUAUCCAUAGUUGUGGAUAGACUUGCACCUGUUCCACCCAUUACAACUGGCAGUGUUUAAAAGCAUAUUUUAACUCUUUAAAAUACGAAAAGAUUAUUGAAGAAAUAAGAAUCAUUUAUUCAGUCACACAAACAUUAAAACAUACAAAUUGUUAUUACUUUUACAACAAAAGAGCUUCUGCUUCUUUGAGAGCUUGUUCCAUUUCAGCAGCCUUCAGGGAAAAGUUCUCCCUUUCCUGCAUCAUAUGUUGCCGUGCUUUAGUGAGUUCUGUCAUUGUUGCUUGGAUUUCCUACAAGUGUGUGAGGAAAUGAGGAACAUUUAAAAACACACCCCAACCAUCCCUUAAAUUUACUACAAGAAAUAGCAAAGUUACAUUGGGCAAAUACGAAGGAGUAUGACUCACCUCUAGCCGAGCACGUUGCUGUGAUGCAGCGUCUCCAAACACUUUUAGUUCAUUCAGCAGGUUUGUGGAGACACUCUGGAAUGGAGACAAUAAAAUAUGUGUUUAAUAGGGGAGAACCGGGACAAAUGUAACAGUUUUUAAUGAAACGUAAUUUACAAAGAUAUCAUAAAACACUAAAAGCUAAUAUUUUGUCACUAGCAACCUACAAUACAUUUGUAUUCAAUAUUUGGCAACAUACGGUACUUCAGAUAAGUGUUAUUUCAGAUAGAUUGCUGCGGGUCUAUACGUCUUGGUGAAUGUCAGUUAACAACUCAUUGCUGUCAUCGUGAAGCACGCAUCUUGCAGUUAAGGAAAUACCAUGCACAAUGCCAUUUAUAUUGCUAGAACAAU